GUUCAGGGACCAUGCCAUUACAGACAGAAAUAUUCAGGGACCAUACAAUAACAGACAGAAAUAUUCAGGGACCAUACAAUCACAGACAGAAAUAUUCUCGGAGUCUUUACACUCCCACGCCCCUUAAAACGCAUCAGAUGGAGGCGACCUCUUUCUGUACCCCGGCUGUCCUCUUUUACACACGAGGACGCACAGUUCAGACUCAGACGCAGAGAACAUUACGGCUAAUGAAAAACUCUGACAGGAUAAAGUUGCAUUCUCCGUGGUUUCCGCAGGACUGUAACAGGAGCAUGCUAAUCAGCAUUUUUAUUAUCCUGUUUCAUUUAGAGACAAAGAAAAACAUAUAGGCAAAUUCUGAGGUCGAUUUAAUCGGUUGGAAUAUAAAACAAGACGCACUUGAACUUUGGGUCGAUCGGUGAAAAGUCGACAGAUACUUUGAAGUCUAUAUAGAACUAAUAGUGUAAUUCCAUCCAAUUACAAAACAUUUGGUUUGAUAGCAAUUCAAACAAAUUAUUUCACACGCAGCAUUUUUGUCGGACACUCAGCCUACUGGACAUCAUUGAUUCACACGGAUAGAGAAUGUUGGAUUGCAUCACGGAUUUACUGCGGACGCGCGGCUAAGUCGACGGACAAAACGAAGCCCAUUAUGUUUCCAACGUCAACUGGAAUGGGGUCUUUCAUGGUAUUUCUGUUAAUUGCGAUCUUUGGUCGGGCUGAGGGGUCCCUGGAGUAUUCUGGCAGCAGAUCCAGCCGCCUGUCGUCCCUGGAGAAACCAUUUGGUCGUCCUGCCAAGGGGUCCCAGUGUCACCACAUGCUGAAACAUCUCCACCACGGAGCUCGCAUUACCGUCCAGAUGCCCCCCAACAUCGAGGGCCACUGGGUCUCAACCAGCUGUGAGGUGCGUCCCGGCCCAGAGUUCCUGACGCGCUCAUACCGAUUCUUCCCCAACAACACGUUCCAGGCCCACCAGUUCUACUAUGGAGACAACCACUGUACCAGCCCCACCUACACUCUGGUGGUGCAGGGCCGGCUGAGGCUACGGCAGGCUUCCUGGAUCAUCAGGGGAGGCACAGAGGCUGACUACCAGCUACACCGCACCCAGGCGGUGUGUCACACCGCAACGGUGGCCAAGGACCUGAGUCAGCGGUUGAACCAGAGCUGUCGCGGCACGUUGAGGAGCAAAGCACCCUGGGAACCCAACGUGAGCUACGAGCUGUGGAGUGAGGAGGCCAGCUGUGACUGCUCCAGUGAGCUCAACUUCUCCAUGCAUGAGCUUCAGCUGCUGCGUGUGGAGAAACAGUACCUCCAUCAGAACCUGGAUCACCUGGUGGAAGAGCUGUUCCUGGGGGACAUCCACACUGAGCGCGCCCAGAGGAUGUUCUACAGGCCAUCUAGCUACCAGGCGGCUUUACAGAACGCUAAGAACCACGACCAGGGCUGCAUCGCCUGUCGCAUUAUCUACCGCUCGGACGAGUUCCACCCUCCCAUCCUGGUCCCGCGGCCAGACCUGACGGUCGGGCUGUACGGCCAAUGGGUGAGCCAGCGCUGCGAGGUCCGCCCCGAGGUCCUCUUCCUCACCCGCCACUUCGUCUUCCAUGACAACAACCACACGUGGGAGGGUCACUACUACCAUUACUCCGACCCCAUCUGCAAGCACCCCACCUUCAGCAUCUACGCCCGCGGGAGGUACAGCCGCGGGACGCACUCCAGCCGGGUGAUGGGAGCGACGGAGUUCGUCUUCAAAGUGAACCACAUGCGUGUUAUGCCCAUGGACCAGGCCACCACGUCUCUCCUCAACGUGUUCAGUGGUAAUGACUGCGGGGCCCAGGGCUCCUGGGAGGUGGGCGUGGAACAGGACGUCACGGUAACCAAUGGCUGUGUGGCCCUGGGCAUCCGCCUACCGCACACCGAGUACGAGCUCUUCAGGAUGGAGCAGGACACCCACGGGAGGUACCUCCUCUACAACGGCCAGAGGCCCUCCGACGGGUCCAGUCCCGACCGGCCCGAGAGGAGGGCCACCUCGUACCAGACGCCCCUGGUCCAGUGUUCCGCCAGCAGCGUGAGGUCGGAGGUCGCGGGCGCUGAGGACGGGGACCAAUCCCUGAGGCAGAGCAACGGGGCGGCGGCGGGGAGGCGGAGGGAAACGGGAGUGGUCCUGAGCUCCCUGGUCGCGGUGCUGUGGGGCCAACGCCACUGCUAGGACUGCGGGCGGAACCGAUGGGGGUUCUGGAAGCGGUGGAACGUGGGUUCCGUGGAGCCACACGACACGGACUUGUAAAUAGAGACGCAGGGAUUCCAGCAGGGGGUUGGAAACAACCUGUGACAGCAGGGACUCCACAGAACGGCCUUCAGCCCGCAGGGAGAGCAUGUUGACCUUUGACCCGGACACACUUAGAACUUCUAGAAUGUACCUUUAACGCCAUCGGGAGGCGAGGGGGGGUCUACGACGAGGAGCGAGAGACGAGGAGGAGAGCGGAGACUGUUCUCUUUGACUUUCGUUAGCGCCAAAGCCACUGCCGUGCCACCCGACUGCACUUUACUGGCGUGGAAACGGGGAAAUGCAUUAAUCUGUGGGUGAAUCCCAAAUGGUAUCCUGUUCCACAGAGGGCACUACUUCUGAGCAGGGUUCAUAGGGAGCAGGGGAACCUUGGGGACGCCGUUUCAUACGGAAAUGUCUUCACAAAAUAUCACGUUUCUUCUUGGUACUACAAGUGGAUGAACUACGGUACACAUAAACAUGUAAAAACAUUUAAAGUGUUAUACAGUAACUAUUUGCUCUCACAGGGAGGAUAAACGCAACAGAUUUAGGAUUCAGGGUUAAAGGGAAAUACAUUAUCUGUACAUUAUCAAUAUAUUAGGACUACUGACAGAUAUACAGUAUGAAGAGAUUAGCAAAAAUCAUUCCCUUUUACAAAUUCCCCUCAUUCCCCCAGAGGAUUCAGAUUUUCUGCGAAUUCCCCCUCCGAAUUACAGGAAAUCAAACCAGUUUGUGACUUUACCAGAUUUUUGCAAUCCUACAGACUUCCAGGACAAACAUAACAUCACCCUGUUUUAUGUCUCCAACUUAUCCUUACAAUUAAAAAAAUUACUAAAAAAGAAAUUUCAUUUUUGGCCGUAAUGUUUGCAGAGGUUUUACCAAACACUUUAAAUUCACAUCCAGCGCUGAGAUAAAAAGCUCAAUCUGCACUGGAAGGUUUUUAAGUCAUUCCAAUGCAAAAUAUUUAGAUAGUGUCUUGAAUACAACCAGGUUAAGUUCAUUACGGAUCUCAGGAGGUUGUGAGUAUGAUACAAUGUUUUUCAUGACACCCUAUAGAGCACCACAUUCUGAAAACGAUUCACAGUAAUUGUAGAUAAUUUACUUGUUUACCACUGAAAACCAGAAG